AUGACAUUAAUAGAAGAAAUCCCCCUCCCCCCUCUCAGUGGAGGACCCAUCCCAGCAGCUUGCCUGAUAGUAGGGAGACCUGGCUACCCCGGGGGGAGAGAAAGCAUGUUUCCUAAAGCCGACAGCUUUGAGUAUGAGGAGCAGGGUAUGCUUUUCGAAUCUCCGCCCCCAUCGUCUCCGGAUAGGGACUCCGUCGGUCAAUCGGAAGAGGACAUGGAGAUGUCUCCAGAGCAAAAACCCAGCAGCGCUGACUGCAAACGCAGGUCCAGGGGCAGAAGUACCAAGAGCAUCAAGAACCCAGAGGUCUUGCAGAAAGUUAAGAAAGGCAGAAGGCAAAAGGCGAACAACAGGGAGAAGAACAGGAUGCACAACCUCAACUCCGCACUGGACACCCUGCGACAGAUCCUGCCUUCCUUCCCCGAUGAUGCCAAACUUACCAAAAUCGAAACCCUGCGUGUCGCCCAUAACUACAUCUGGGCCCUCACAGAGACCCUCCGGCUGAGCGACUCGUUCAGCGGGGUGGCUGACUGCAUCUUCAUGGGGAAGGGCUUUCAAGACCCCGGUCUGAUGACCCCCAGCUCGGGGACAGCUGAUACCCCAUCCCCGUGGAGCUGCAGCAGCUCACCUUCCUCCUCAUACACCUGCGCUUUAUCCCCCGCCAGCUCAGACAUUGACAGCUGCAGUUGGCGGUCCGAAAACCAGAGUUACGCUGGAACCCCAGCACAAAACGAUUUUAGUUAA